AUGUCUUCCCCCAGCGAAGUGAGCGAGACAGACUCGCGAACCGUCACGAUAUUGUACGCCACAGAAACAGGCACAGCUCAGGAGAUAUCAGACAGAAUUGCUGCACAAUGUCGACGGAUUCACAUACGAGCCCAUGUCCAUAACAUGGACACUUAUUCACCGCAAGAACUGAUCUCGGAGGGUUUGGUUAUAUUCUCUAUCGCCACCACAGGUUCCGGGAGGGAACCGAGAGCAAUGACUCCGUUGUGGAACAUGCUCCUCCGCUCCGACCUCCCUGAGGAUCUGUUCGAGGAUCUAUCUUUCGCUGUCUUUGGCCUGGGAGACACGGCAUACGAGAAGUUCUGCUGGCCCGCGAAACUGCUCUCGCGCAGACUUGCCAGCCUGGGAGCCACCGAAGUUUAUUCCAGAGGUGAAGGCGACGAGCAACACCCCCUUGGGAUAGACGGCGCAUUUGAGCCAUGGAUCAAAGGUCUUCUUGAGGCCUUCCUACAAAUCUUUCCGCUACCUACUGGACUGACCGUGGUCCCAGAGAACAGCUUGCCUCCACCACGCGUAGCGAUCAGAAAUGCAGAAUCAACGACUCUUCGCUCAUUCCAUGAACCAUUGGAAAAUGACAGUCAAUACCAUUUGGCGACCGUGUCAUGUAAUCGCCGAAUUACCGCCCAGGAAUGGUAUCAGGACGUUCGGCAUUUUGAAUUCGAUUUCGACCAUGAUAUCCAAUACGAAGCUGGAGACGUCGCAAUCAUCCAUCCUGAGGUCGCUUCAGCGGAUGUAGAAUCUUUCUUGGCGACGAUCGGUUUUGCCAAUGCGGCCGAUGAUUUUAUAAUCAUCGAACAUACAUUAGAAGAUCAAUCGCUCCCGGACCAUUUGCCACGGAUGACAACUCUGCGUCAGUUGUUCACACGAUAUCUCGAUAUCGGCACAGUUCCUCGCCGCUCUUUCUUCGCCAUGCUCCGCCAUUUCGUCGCAAACGAGCUCGAGGCAGAGAAGAUUGAUGAGUUUCUGAGUGUGGAAGGCGCGGACGAGCUCUAUGAUUAUUGCCAGCAGCCACGACGCACGAUCCGCGAGGUACUGGAAGAGUUCCGAUCCGCUAGGAUUCCCCGAGAUUACAUCUUUGACCUUUUUCCUCCUCUCCGGCCGCGUCAAUUCUCUAUCGCCAGCUCUGUCAAGUGCCGUCCACGUCAGGUCCACCUGUGCGUUGCGAUCGUGGUGUAUCGAACGAGGCUGAAGGUCCCGCGGCGCGGGGUAUGCACACGCUAUAUGGCAAACUUGCGAAUAGGCGACAAGCUAUGGGUAGGGAUUCAGAAGGGCCUGUUCUCGCUGCCUCCGAACAACUUGACACCCAUCAUAUGCGUUGGUCCUGGAACGGGUGUGGCGUCUAUGCGCGCGAUCAUCGAAGAGCGUACGCAGGCGGGAGCGGCAGAUAACACGCUCUAUUUCGGAUGCCGCUCGGCGGCAAAGGACCAGCACUACGGGACAGAAUGGGCACACUACGCUGCGGAGGGCCUCCUGACGUACCGGACAGCUUUCUCGCGCGAUGUCCCCGAGGGCGCGCCGCGGCGCUAUGUCCAGGACGUGAUGCGGGAAGACAGCAAGCAGCUGUGGGAUUCACUUGGAAUUAGGGGGGCGUGGAUGUUCAUCUCAGGAUCUGCAAAUAAAAUGCCUGCAGGCGUGAGGUCUGCGAUUCGGGAGGCUGCGCAGAAGGAGGCUGGAAAGACUGAGGAGGAGGCAGAGGACUUCUUGUCGAGAUUGGAGAGGGAAGGACGGCUAUGGGAAGAAUGCUGGAGUUAGCACAGUCAAGCUCGUAGCGCCAAUCCUCACAUUCUAUACCAUACUCAAUGAGAGGGCAAAUUCAAAAGGUGGUGAAGAUUAUUAUGAGCUGAUGCAUAACGAUGAGAGGAGGUACAUAUGAUAUCGGACCGAGACUACCCCAAAGUGUUCUUAUAGAUGUUUGCAUG